CUGGAAUAUUGAAUAUGACCUCAAAUUUAUAAUAUAAUACAUAUGGCUUUCUACAUCACAGAGUUGUACUUGGCCAUUUCUUAACUUAAAUGAAAUUAAGCUUAGCAAUUGUACUGCCAUAGAGUCAAAGGGACUUCCCAUCAAACUCAUGGACAUAACCCUUUUCACUACUCCAAAAGAAGCACCGCUCUUCAGCUACUCCAACCAGAAGAUCAGCAAUGUUCUGCAGGCAGCAAUAGACAUGCAAAGCAACAAUCAGCCCCAGAAUAGCCACACAUCAACAAGCCGAUCAUCGGACUCCGGCGAGCUGCCUAGUGCAUCAGGUAAAUGGGCCUCAAGGCUCCUAAAGGAGUGUGCAAGAGCGAUAUCCGACAAGGAAUCUGGCAAAAUCCACCAUCUUCUAUGGAUGUUGAACGAGCUUGCUUCACCUUAUGGAGAUUGUGAUCAGAAAUUAGCAUCUUAUUUCCUGCAAGCUCUAUUUUGUAAGGCGAUGGGGUCCGGUCAACGAUGCUUCAAAACCUUGAAUGCAGUGGCUGAAAAGAGCCACUCCUUCGAUUCAGCUCGGAAAUUGAUACUAAAGUUCCAGGAGGUAAGCCCAUGGAUGACUUUUGGUCAUGUAGCUUCAAACGGUGCUAUUUUGGAGGCAUUAGAGGGGGAUACCAAGCUUCACAUAAUUGAUAUAAGCAACACCCUUUGCACCCAAUGGCCUACUUUGCUAGAAGCUUUGGCAACAAGAAAUGAUGAAACCCCGCAUCUAAAGCUCACUGUUGUUGUAACGGCUAGCACAGUGAGGUCAGUCAUGAAGGAAAUAGGCCAAAGAAUGGAGAAGUUUGCAAGAUUAAUGGGAGUACCCUUUGAGUUUAAUGUAAUAAGUGGAUUGAACAAUUUGGGAGAGCUCACAAAAGAGGGACUAGGUGUUCAAGAGGAUGAGGCUAUUGCUGUGAAUUGCAUAGGGGCCCUAAGAAGAGUGGAGGUGGAGGAGAGGGGAGCUGUGAUUCGGAUGUUCCAAUCACUUAAGCCUCGAGUUGUAACCAUUGUUGAGGAAGAAGCUGACCUUUCAAGCUCAAGGGAUGACUUUGUGAAGUGCUUUGAAGAGUGCCUUAGGUUCUAUACAUUGUACUUUGAGAUGCUAGAGGAGAGCUUUGUCCCAACUAGUAAUGACAGAUUGAUGUUGGAGAGGGAGUGCUCAAGGAGCAUAGUUAGGGUUUUGGCUUGUGAUGAUGAAAGUAGCACUGAAGGAGAGUGUGAGAAAAGGGACAGAGGAAGCCAAUGGUCUGAGAGACUCAAGGAGGCAUUUUCACCAGUUGGGUUUAGUGAUGAUUGUGUCGAUGAUGUUAAGGCAUUGCUGAAGAGGUACAGAGCUGGAUGGGCACUUGUGCUACGGGCACAAGGAGAUCAUCAUGAAUCUGGAAUCUACUUGACAUGGAAGGAGGAACCUGUGGUUUGGGCAUCAGCAUGGAAACCCUGAUUGAUAUUAUAAAUAUCGGUGAUCAGAGAGCUAGGGCCGCCAUUGCUAGCUAGCUAUAGCUAGCUAGCAACUAGCUCUAGAGUCCAGUCAAAGUACUUUAGCUCAUGGCAUCGAUCCAUAUCAUGGAGUUUGAAGCCAUCGAUCGAUGAUCAUGAACAUAUAAUUAUUGUAAGGGGAUUCUGGUCUGGCAGCCUUUCUCUUUUUCCUGGCUACCUUAUAUCUUGAUCGAUGAUCUCAUUCAUGCAUAUUUGUAUUUUUACAUUAUGUCCAAGUUUUCUUCUGCUUUAUGCUUUGGAGUUUGUGUUGCUUCUUUUUCUCUUUAUUUCAUUGCUCUUGUUUGAAGGUGUUUGCACUUGUGCCUCGCUUUUAUAAAUUCCAUGGCAUCGUAUUGCGC